AUGCGAUGCUUGAAAUCCAAGGUCAAAUGCGUUCACAAGGGUAGAUCGCCUUGCCAAAGAUGCGUUCGAGCAGGUUUCGCAGGGUGCCAGCUCACGAAGCCCAUCAGAAAGCCGAUUGUCAGGGCAACGCGGCCGCAACUAGAGUCCAAUGGCAUGCAGUCCUUCCAAUCGCAGAGCCUCGCAGGAAGUCCUCGGCUUUCGGCAGACGCGUCGGCAAACCAAAGUCGCCUUGUUCUCGGCCAUGUUGGUACAGCAGAUAUCGACGAACAUGUAUCUCAAAUCUCCAUGAGCAGGAAACUAGCGAUACUCAAAACGUUCGCAAACCAGUACCCAGAGCUUACCAUCAUUCAUGUCCAGACUUUGAUGGGUGGCUUCGCAUUUAGCCCAUGCCCACCGCAACACAGGAUCCUCUUUGCUGCUGUCCUCACCCUCACAAGGGCAAGACUUGCGCCAACAGAGGUACCAUGGGCAGAUACCCUGAGACCGCGAGAGGAGUAUGCUGAAUACACGAGAGCAAGACUUUCGGAGGUUCUUUUAGAAGCUCCUAAGAUCGAGUUUGUUCAAGCCUUGCUAAUAAUUACGCUUCACGAAUGGGGGACUAGGGACUUUCACAAGGCAUGGAUGUACUGCGGUAUGGCUAUACGCAUGAUGCAAGCGUUAUACAGCAUGCGUACCGCCCCAUUUCCCCCCGAUCCGACCUCUAAUGAUCAAGAUCAUGACCGAUACUCCCGAGCCAUUGAAACCAAAACGUACUGGGCCUGCUUCAUCAUAGACUGUAUGGUUAAUGCGGGUACAUAUAAUCCACCAAUGCUGCCCAUGUCCGAGAUGAGAAAGCUCAGGAUUGGUUGUCCAGUGAAUGCUCUUGAGUACGCGCUGGGUCAAAAACACCCAAAAGUCAGCGCUGCAUCCAACGUGGAGUUGUCACUUGGGAUAGCUCGAGGCUGUGAGAUCUUGGUCCGUGGCUUUGACAUCUGGUCACAGCUGAUGACCUUUGUAUUCAAUGACGGGCGUAAAGCUCCUGGAAUGUGUGCUCCACGCAACUGUCCCUGGGUUUCGAGCUCGCCCUGGGCAAAGGCUUCGAGUCGACUGGAAGCUUGGAGAGCGAUGCGGGAAGCGGACACCCACUAUCCAACAGCUUCUGUUGUGAUGUACGUAACAUUAGGGUAUGGGGAGGCAUUUGUGUACAUUAAUGUGCUCUACUACGUAAGCGUCAUCAUGUUGCGGCGAGAGUAUUUGCCCUUCCUACCUACUCCUGAGUCGCUCCCGUCCGGACCGACCGACCCCCCGUUGCUCGAAGCCGAAGCGCCUGAGAACUGGUGGGAGGACAAUGCAAGGCAGCUUUUCCAAUCUGCCGAGUAUAUCGCGAGGCUGCUCGAGGAGGCCUCUGAAUGUGGUGUCCACCUGAUGACUCCCUUUGCCGGAUUCUGUGCCUUCUCCGCCGGGUAUCUAUGUGCAUAUGUGCACUGGUUUCCUAAUAUGAAUCUCGGCCGCAGUCCAGAUGCAGGAAAAUGCUUGACUGUUUGUCUGAAGUACCUGAAAGAGUUUAAAAAGGUUUGGAGCAUUGCUGAAGGCUGGAUCAAUACCAUAGAGCAUGCCUCGCUGCUCUACAGACGGGCAGCAACCACGGGUCGUUACCGUGGAAUGUCAAGAGCUAACUUCAACGGCCUCCACCAGUCGUUGCAUGAGUUUCGGGUUGUCGAUAGGUCGGAACAACACAUGAAAGAGAUGGAUGGCGUGGAGCAAGCGACAGAUACGUCUCGGGAUCCUAUGGAUGACGUAGCAACAAUUACUGAUGACUCUCCAGACACCAAUGUGUUGUUGGAAAGCUUUUUACAUGAAGUGAACAGCAAUAUGGACGAGCAGGGGCCGUGGUCACAAUGGUGGCCGCCCAUGGAUGAAGCAACUUUUGCGUUGGAUGAAGCUCAUUGA